AUGGCAGCUUCACGGCUCAUUCGUUUGGUUUUUCUGACUGUUAAUGUUCUGAUGGCAGUGGUACUGGUGAUAUCCAACUCGGACUUCUGUGCCAGCGUUUUUGAAACUAAAACAGGUAAAUUAACUCCUGCGGCUUUAUAAAACGGUUUUCUAAAACGUUUUCUAAGAUGCAAACAAACUACCGUUUUUAUUUUUUUUUGUUUUUUUUUUUCAAAGUUUAGUUUUCAGUAGACUCUUUUAUUACAUGUUUUAAAUGGUCAUUGUGAUAAAUCUGAGAUGACAAACUCGGGCAUUUUAAAAGCAUUAGUUUCCUCUUAUCGACUUUAUCUGAUGUUAAAAUUGCUUACAACUUUUAUCACUUUUUUAACUUCUGACGAUUCGCGCUUGUAUCAAAUCGCAAUUUUGCAAGCGAGUAUAUCUCUUUAUCGUAAAAGAUUAUAAAACUGUUCAGCUAAAAAAAUGAAUUAAUGUAUGUCCUAGCUUCAUGUUAAACUCCAUUGUAUUUUGCUUAUUCCCCUGUUUUAUAUUACUUCAUGUUUCAGACCAUGUUUUAGUUGGUCAUGUCAUGAGUACAUCAACUGUUGCUGACGAGUUUGAAUGUCACCAAAAAUGUCUCAGAAAUAACAGCUGCAAGUCGUUUAAUGUUGAUCCUGGUGCAGAUAUUGCAAAACGACUUUGUGAGCUGAACAACAAAACACGGAAGAUGAAGCCGGACGAUUUCAUUAGGAAGAAAGGAUCUUCUUAUUAUGGACAAGUUAAGGUCAGAUCCACUGUUUGAACAUAAACUAUCGCUUUUUUAUAAAACUGUUAUUUAAAAAAACUCUAAACUCUAAACAACUAAUUAGGGACCUUAAGAUCAGACGACGGCGACGGCAACGAGAACGUCAUAAAAGCAAUAGGUUUUUAAAACAAGCAAGUUAUUAAAAUAAGAAAAACAACAAGAAAAAAACAACUUUCCUCGUGCAUAACACUUUUUUGUACAUUUCUUUACGUUUUGCACGACAAUGACGUUAAAAUGCCUAAUUUCAUGUUUUAUAGAGGAUGUCAUUAAAACAUUCAAGCAACGACGAGAUUUUCUCUCUUUUCUUACCUUGGGUAAGGUUCUUAGAAUUCAACUCCAGGAGAGUUCGUGUACAUUCGACAAAGUAAGCGUGAUGGAACAAUCGCGAUGACGACUGGAAAACCGCGAAAACAUUUUUAAGCGACGUUUUACCUGCUGUCGCCGUCCUCGCAUCUUAAGGUCCCUAUUAAAACAUUUGUUUACGACGUUCACACCCUGUUCGGUUUUCUCGGAAUCUUAAGAGACAAGUAUUUAAUUUCUUAGAUUUUUCGGCUCAAAUUCUAUGGAGUUUUGAGAUCAGCUUCUUACGAAUUACUUGAUAUUAUUCGAAUUUAAGUGGUUAUCUUUGCAGAACUCUAAUAUCGUAAAUAGUACUUUUGGCGACAUUUUCUUUUAAAUAAUGUUUUUGGCACCGGUUUGCCUGUGUCUUAGUAACGUAUAUGUUUUUACCCACACGGAAAAUAUCGCGUAUGGCAGGGUAUAAAAAGAAGGUAUAUCAAUAUAUUUAACAAUCAUCAUGAGUAUCAUAUAAAAAUUAUAUAGAUCGAGGAGGGUGUUAUCCGCCUCGACCGUUAGCCACUGAGUCAGAAACGGAGAAAUAUUUUGAAUGAAUAAUAAUUAUUUAUAUUACUUCUAAAGCAAACAAAAGUGGUAAUAACUAAAGCACAUAAUGACGUCAUCUAUAGCUGUUAUCUAUUGUUUGAUGUUUCUCAUUUCAAUUCGUUAUUUUCUUCUCAGGUUUCCUACCAACAUCUGCCCACCAACAAGAAAAAAAACAAACUGGUCAUUGUCAUCCGGACUACAAAGGGAAAGAUGUGAAAUUCGUGAGUAACGCUCGUCUAUUUUUGAAUUUGAUUUUACUAUUGCCUCGCGGAGGAGCAAAUAUUUACCAUAUAUAGUCAUUUUUUUUUAUUAUCUGCUACAGCAAAGCCGGCUACAGCAAAGCCGCGAGGCUGGAAUUCCAAGCUGCCUGCUUAUUCCUGUAAGAGCAUCCGGGACUCUGGUGACUCUAAAGGAGACGGGAGGUACUGGAUCGACCCUGAGAACAGUGGAAACCCGUUGAACGUUUACUGCGACAUGACAACUGACGGAGGUGAGAUCUAAUCUUGAAAGUCUGAAAUUGUUGUAAUACAUUCGUCAGAUGAACCCACAUAACUUCCUCAUACAGAAUAGGGAAUAAUUUAUGCUAAGUAGGUUCCUAAUUUGGUCCUUAAUUUCUAUGAAGGGAAAAAAUAGAUUGUUGAUUACCAGAAAAAUAUAUUAACACGAGUUUGGUCCUUACGACUGAGGUUUUUAGUCACAAUUUUAUUUUUAUGACCGUAACAAAACUGAUUACCGAAUUUAUAUACAGUUUGGUACAGUAUCUUCUUGUUAUACUUUCACUUUUAAUUGCUUAUCAUAAUUUAACUGUACCACAUAUUAGAACCGUCUUGAUCUUGCUUAGCUAAACAGGUUCUUGUGUUUUGGGGUUUUAAAGGGGCAAAUGUCGGCAAGAAGGUUCUUAAUCCAUCAGGGUUUUUUUUACGCGAGUGUUUACUGUAUAUGUUUCUUUGAAAUGUCCUGGUGAAUAAUUUUCGCAACAUUAUUAUGCCUUUGAGGGUAAUCCAUCUUACUGCACUCGCAAAUGAGAUGAUUUCGUGUCGCAUCUUCAUCUCCACACAAUCUGCAGAGGGGAGACACAUCCUGUUUUUCAAUGGAUGUCUUAAUUACAUUCGUCCUCAGUGCCUGAUCUUGUGUGGCAGUUAUAAGCCCUUCGGUCUCUUUCUUCCAAUCCCCCUUCUUCAACCAAUCCCAUGACCUCUUAGCCUUGACUUGUUCUGUUUGACGCAAUAUCUGGCCAUGAAGGAAAUUGUCUUCCACUUCUUAAUCUUCUCAAAAGUUUCCUCCUUCUCAUCGUCUGUUUGUGGGGGGUUCCUCAUUUUCUUUCUUAUCUCUUCAAGUUCUACUGUUUUUUGCAGUGGUUCCGAGAUGUUUUGAACGCAAUAGGCCAACUUCAUCUCUUCAUCGAGAACACACUCUUCCAGGCCAUUCAAUAUACAGCCCCCGGAAAGUCGUCGAAAGUAGGAUCGGGCAACAUCAGCUCGUGGAUAAAACAUAACAUAAACAGUUAACUGUUUAUGGUUAUCUUUUUUUUUUUUUCUAUUUCUAUCCAUGGCUUCUAGUUCAGCUUUACUUUAGUUUACUUCUUCAGUUCCAUGCCAGACAAGUGACAGAGCCUAUGAAUUUGUUGCAAGUACAGUAUUUUCCCACUGACAUUGGACUGUAUUUAGUCUCCGGAAAUAUUCUUUCUUCAUAACGUUUUUCUUGUGCCCUUGAAAUAGAUCGUCAUAUUCCAGAAUUCCCAGGUUCUUAUAGCCGUCUUCUUCCGCUGAUUUCAUUUUGCGAUUAUCAGGCGAGGUAAUCCCCACAAUUUUCUUAACAUUUUCCCUCUUUAACGCCACGCCUUUUCAUACCAAACGUCAUGCCUAUAUCCGGUAAUGAACACCGCGUGUAUUGACCAGUGAGUGAAGCUCACGUUCAUCCUUCCCGUACAGCUUCAAGUCAUCUAUAAACAGUAAAUGAAUGAUUGACUCCUCUUUCUUGUCUAACUAGUAUCUUCCUUAUGGAUUUUAUUAUUAUUAUUGUUAUUAUUAUGUAAAAUUUAGCACAGUGAUUUUCCCUGGGGAGAAAUAUCCAGUCAAGUCUCAUCCCGAGACCUCAGACUUCCAGCACCUUUCUGAGGAAAUGUGCCGAUCCGAGGAGUGCCGACUUUUGCAUCGUUCUUGUUCGGUUUUUAAUUCCUAGUUGCUCCAAGUGGCCUGCCAGCUUCUUUGACACUGAACCCAAUGCACCUACAACCACUGGCACCACUUUUGUCCUUGAUUUCCAGAUCCUUUGAAUCUCUCUUGCCAGGUCUUGGUACUUUUCACACUUUUCAGUUUCUUUCUGCAGUAUAUUACUAUCUCCGGGAACAGCUAUGUCCACAAUGAUUGUUUCCUUUGCCUUCUUUUUCUGAAUUACAAUGUCUGGCCUCCUGUGAUGGAUUUCACGGUCUGUUUGGAUGGUAAAGUCCCAUAACAGUUUAACCUCCUCAUUCUCUUCUACGCUUUUGGGGGAAUGCUCAUACCAUUUGUCACUGCACUCAACUCAUUAUUAUUAUUAUUAUUGUUAUUGUUAUUGUUAUUGUUAUUGUUAUUGUUAUUGUUAUUGUUAUUGUUAUUGUUAUUGUUAUUGUUAUUGUUAUUGUUAUUGUUAUUGUUAUUGUUAUUGUUAUUGUUAUUGUUAUUGUUAUUAUUAUUGUUAUUAUUGCUGUUGUUGUUAUUAUCAUUACGUGAUAACGGGGGUUAACAGAGGUCCAGAAGCAUUGUUGCGGGAAAGGCUCUCACGAUGUCUAGCUAAAAUGGACUGAGCAAAUGAACAGAGAUGUUUUGGAUUGUAAGAGACGGGCCAUUAGAAUGGACCCACCAGAAAACCUACCGCGAAACGGGAAUGGUAGAAAGAGAGGCUCGCUGGGAACGCUGCUGUUUGGUGCAGUUGAGGAUGUGCACGAGUCAAAUUAUAAUGAGAUCGCUAGUGAUUUGAUUAAAGAAGCAGCACUAAGAACGAGAGGCGCUGUAGGUCCCUGGAAUGUAGACGCUAUGGCUUUCAAAGGAUCCUUGCUAACAAGUCAUUCAAGAAUUCUGGCUCUAAUUUGUGCGACGCUCUUGUUAAUCAAACCUAAUAGAAUUUCGAAAUAUUUUCAGAUAAAAGCAACUUCUUAAAUGUCUAUAGAGUGCGUUUUGAAGAAUAUGGGAACUGGUGUUUCCAGUUUGGAGAUUCUUCAGGACUAGAAGUCCAUGAAGAUCUUGCUGAAAUAGCGUGAUUUGAAAUAUCUUAAAACUUUGUGACAGUUAAUAUCAAUCUGCAUUAUUGACGGUUGACGGUAAAAAAUACCCUUAUGACGGUUGACGGUUAAAUUUUUUGCCGUUUGGCGGCUGACGGUUAACCCUAUUGAAACGGCCCGUGGCAUCUCAAGUCUUCACACCUGGACAACCAGGGUGAAAAUAGCAAAAACUGUCUCGAAUACGAAGGGCAAAUAAUGCACCUACCAAUGUAAUGCCGGCGAGGGGGGAGGCAGGGCAUAGGGUGGGGAUUUGACUUUUUUCAAAAAUUUUCAAUCAAAUUCCCUGCCCACGGGCAAAUCAUUCCAGUCAAAUGCAACCAAAUUUCCCCACCCCAGGCUGCACAUUGCUGUCAAUCCCAAGGCAGAACCUAAGAAAGGCACAAUAAAAAUAUCUCCAAAUAAAACUCUGCAAUCUUUUAUAAACGUUGCUGCAUAACCAAAGAUGCAUGUUCUGUUACAGCUGCAAUUAUACGUUUUAACCAUAAUCCGUGUUACACUGCGUAGAAUACAUAAACCUUUAGGAGAAAGUCCACGUUUUGUAAGUCUAAAUAUACCGUUCUUAGUUAAGGGUACAAAGAAAGUCAGUUUUAUAAGUUUACAGUGAUUGUAGCGAAUGAGCCAUACACUAAUCAAUUUUACUUGCAAAAAUCGACUCGGUUUCUCUUUACUUCCGCUUACUUUGAUACCACAGUAUAUUAAGAGGUUCAAUUGAUCCAAAACACGCUAAAACAAACGAAACUUGAAGACAAAACAGUGAAAUCCACUCAGCCUUCGCUUGCUCUCAUGGGCCUCCAUGACUUCCUGAUCUUUUCAAACCGUAUGGCGCAUGCGUGAAGCGUGGAAGCGGGAAACAUAUGUUCGGUCUCAGUCUUUUUCGUCCGAGUUGGCAGUCAAAUAUCUCCACGUCGGGCGAAGAAAGAUUCAAAUAUCCCCUCCCCCGGGAGAACAAGAUAAGUCAAAUGCCCUACCCCAGGGACUUGGUACAUGGCCAAAUAGGCGACUUUCGCUACAAGUUUAGUCGCCAAUUCUUAUUCUUUACUCGCCAUGGCGACCAAAAUGGUCGCAGCUUGGAGCGCUGAAUUUAUUAGUGUUUUAAAAUAAUGUACAAUUUAUUGAUUUAAGUUAAGCAGUCACGUGUAAUUGUUUUUGUAAACAAAAUUUGACAGCCAGUAAUGCAGGCGUUUUCUCAGAGCUUGGGGAUCGCUCGAUUACUCUUUACUGAUUCUCAGCUCUGCUUUCAAAAUAAGAGUUUCCCUUGUCCAACAAAAACCUGCUAAUUUUGCAGACCGCCACGUAAAUUCGUCAGAGGCAGUUUCAAUGGUGUAUCCAAAGGGGACCGGAGUUACUGGAGCGACCCUGAGAAGAGUGGAAACCCGUUGAAAGUUUAUUGUGGUCGACAUGAGAGUUGUGAGAUCUGCUCUUAAAACUGUUCUUCACAUGAACUCACAUAACUUCCCUUCAACAGAAUGUUAGUUAAAACUUGGAAAGCCUAAAACAGAUCAAGACAAUUAGAAUUAUCAAUUACUGGAUAAGGAUGAUCUGCAUAAGAGAAAACAGACAUUGUUUGCUGCCGGGUCAGCUUUUCUCUAAGUUAUACCUGUACCUUUAAAACGGUUGUUUUCCUUAUUAAAAAACAACUUUCCAUUUCAGGAGGAUGGCUCCUCGUUUCCAACGUUGUGAUUGGUUCAACUCCACCCUCUCAGCUUCCAGUCAAGACUUCAUACCGUGGAAUAACCAGCGAUCAGAUGGUUCUCACAAAAACCGCCAUGAAUGAGCUGAGAACAAACUUGUCUUUCACCCAACUGAGAUUCCACUGCAGUAAAAACAAUGGACGUACGUUCCACGUGACCACUGUUGCUAACACCACCGGUGAAGCUGUAGUCCGGUACUUCAGCGGUCAGACGGAUGUCCAGCCCGCCUCGUGUGGCUCAUAUGUCAGAAUGGAAAAUGACAACUCAAGCCUGGCAAGAGUUUGCCAAAAUUGGGGAUCGGAAAAUGGCGUGUACACAGUUGGCAAAUGGGGUCAUGGUCAAAAUCAAGACAGGCUGUAUAUAUAUUCUGCUUUCAUAGUUAGCGAAUAUCAUUGGUACAUGAACCCACCUUAUUUUUUUUUUUUUUUGCGAUGA